AUGCCUACGCGGCCCGUCGACCGUGACAAAGCCGAAUCCGAGCUCUCCAUCAACAUCAAAAAGGCCACCAGCACCGAAGAGACAGCUCCCAAGCAGAAGCACGUUCGAAAAUGUAUCGUCUACACCUGGGACUACCGCACAUCUCAAUCCAUCUGGACCGGUCUCCGUGUACAGCCUAUCCUCAGCGACGAAGUUCAGACCUUCAAAGCCCUCAUUCUCGUCCACAAGGUCCUUCAGGAAGGCCACCAGGUUGUGCUCAAGGAAGCACAGGCCCAGAUCGGAUGGUUCGAGACAUGCGCACGUACCGUCGGUGCCGAUAGCAUGCGUGGCUACAGUUCGCUCAUUCGUGCCUAUGUCAACUUCAUCCUCGCUAAGCUCCGCUUCCAUCGUCACCACAAGGAAUUCAACGGUCUCUUCGAGUAUGAAGAGUACAUUUCUCUCAAGAACAUCGACAACCCGGAUGAGGGCUACGAGACCAUCAUGGAUCUCAUGAACCUUCAGGAUCAGAUCGAGCAGUUCCAGAAACUCGUCUUUGCUCACUUCCGCGGCUCGGCCAGCAACGAGUGCCGUAUAUCGGCACUUGUACCCCUUGUCAAGGAGAGCUACGGUAUCUACACGUUCUUGACGUCUAUGCUUCGUGCUAUGCACCGACGUACCGAUGCCAGUGAUGCCCUUCAGCCAUUGCGAGAGCGUUACGACUCACAGCAUCACUCUCUUCGCAAGUUUUACUACGAAUGCGCCAAUCUCAAGUUCCUCACUUCCCUCAUCAACGUUCCCAAGCUCAACCACGACCCACCCAACCUCUUCGAGCUGCCCGAGGAAGGUCCUUACCUUCCACCCCGACAGACGCCCAAGGCACCAACACCAGACCCAGGUCCAUCACAAGCCGAGAUCGAUGAGCAGGCACGUUUGCUCAAGCAGUACGAAGACAAGCAGGCUGCUCUCAAAGCACAGGAGGAAGCGGAGAGGCAAAGACAAGCCGACCUGGCCGCCAAGCAGGAGCGUGAUUUUGCCGAACAGCAGCGUCUACAGGCCGAACAGCAACGUCUUGCACAGGAACAGCUCAUGCGUGCUCAAAUGGUGCAGAUGCACGGUGGUCGUCUUGCCGAGCUCGAACGAGAGAUUCUGGCUAUGCGUGGACAGUACGAACGGGACCAGCUCAUGCUCGAACAGUACGAUCGACGUGUCAAGGCUCUCGAGACAGAACUCGUCAACAUCGGGCAGAACUUUGGCGCACAGAUGCAAGGCAAGGAUGACCUCAUUAAGCAGCUUCAAGACCAGGUCACGCUCUGGCGCAACAAGUACGAGGCGCUCGCUAAACUUUAUUCCCAGCUGCGUACGGAGCACCUCGAGAUGCUUGGCAAAUACAAGCAGAUGCAGAUCAAAGCUGGUAGUGCACAAGAGGCCGUCGACAAGAUGGAGCGUAUGGAGCGCGAUGUCAAGGCCAAGAACCUCGAACUUGCCGAUAUGAUACGCGAGCGAGACCGUGCUCGUUUCGAUCUUGAUAGGAUCAAGGCGAGUCAGAAGGAGGAGUUUGAUCGACUGAAGCGUGACCUUAUGUUUGCUAAUGAGCGUGCAGAGGAUGCUACGCAUGCCAAGAGCUCCGAGUUGUCAGGUAUGAUGUCGACUCUCAACCGACAGAUUGCUGAGCUUGAGGACUCGCUCAGGGAGAAGCGCAUAGAGUUGGAUGCACGCGAUGCCGAGCUGGCCCGCAUUCGCGACGAGAAGGACGCCGAGUUGGCCAUCAUGCAGGAAGGUAUGGAUGCCACCAUCAAGCAGCUCAACGAUAUGCAGCUCAACCAGGGCGAGAACGAUCAGGCCGUCAAUGCCCAAAUCGAUACUCUCAUCCUCGACAACACCAAAAAGCUCAAUGCUAUCAUCGACUCAAUCCUUCAGGCGUGUGCCGACAAGGUUGACGAUGCGCUUUACGAGCUCGAGUCGCCUUCUGGCACCGGUAACACGACUGCUACGCCCGAGUAUGUGUUGUCGAUGAUCGAAAAGGGUACCACUUCGACCAACGAGUUUGCUGCCGUCUUCUCGCUCUACUUGUCGGGCGAGGUUGGAGGCGAGCACGUUGAAGUCAUCAAGCGUGCCAACCAGCUUGCUCAGACGAUCAGUGACACGCUUACCAGCACCAAGGGCAUCACUCGUCUCGCACAGAGCGAUGAUGCAGCAGACAAACUCAUCGGUACUGGUCGCGAGACUGGUAAUGUUCUGCUCCGCUUCUUUGGCAACCUCCAAUCGUACCGUUUGGCCGGUGUUGCCCCUGCUCAGCGUCGUGACGUUGUUGCACGCCAGAACAUGGAAGCCCGUUCUGCAUUCGCCAACCUCAACAGUGUCGUCGAAACCAUGCUCAAGGCUGGUAAUGCCAUGCUUGCCAACGCCAACGGUGAUAUCGGAGACAUUGUUGAGCGCGAGAUGAUGAACGCUGCUUCCGCUAUCGAUGCAGCUACUGCCAAGUUGCAGGCAUUGCUUUCCAGACCGAGGGAUCACAACAAGUACUCUGCUGUCGACUUGCAAGUUCACGAUGCGAUCCUCGAAGCUUCGUUGGCCAUCACACGUGCUAUCGCAGGACUGAUCAAAGCCGCUACCGAGUCGCAACAAGAAAUCGUUGCAAAGGGUAGAGGUUCAUCGACCAACCAACAGUUCUACAAGAAGAACAAUCGAUGGACCGAAGGUCUCAUUUCCGCUGCCCGUGCGGUUGCGUUUGCGACAACAAUGUUGAUCGAAGCGGCAGAUGGAGUGAUUAUGGGCACUCAUUCGCUCGAACAGCUCAUCGUGGCAUCGAACGAGGUUUCAGCUGCUACAGCGCAGGUGGUUGCCGCAUCGAGGGUUAAGGCUGAAUUCAUGUCCAAGACGCAGGAUAGGUUGGAGAGAGCAGCGAAGGCGGUUACAGAUGCUUGUAGGGCGUUGGUGAAGCAGGUUAAGACCAUUACUGAUAGGCAAAGUAACGGUGCAGCUGAUUUCGAUUAUUCCUCGAUGGCUGCGCAUGAGUUCAAGGUGAAGGAAAUGGAACAGCAGGUGGAAGUAUUGAAGUUGGAGAAGGAGUUGACGCAGGCGAGGAGGGUGUUGGGUGCUAUGAGGAAGGCCGGGUAUCAUGCUACGGAGGAGGACUAA